GUUAAAAAGCAAUAGAACACAUUUCAAGCGCUCGAUUCCAUUCGAGCAGUGCAUCCCACCACCAUCGGCAUGGCGCAGCGCGAGGUCUGCAUCGGCUGCGACCGCCCGCCCUGCGUGUGCUACUGCGACCUGCUGCCGUCGCCGCGCCUCUCGCCGGGCUUCCGCAUCCACUGCGUACAGCACCCGAACGAGGCGAAGCGCAAGGCGCUCUCCAGCGUGCCGCUGCUCGCCCAUGCGCUCGACAACUUUACGCUCGAGGUCGCGGACGUGGCCUCGGCGCCGCCGCCCGACGAUCGUCGUCAGCGCGUGCUGCUCUUUCCAGGCCCGACGGCGACGCUCCUCUCGCCGCGUGCAAUCGCCAACCUCGAGCUCGUCGUCGUCGACGGCACGUGGAAAGAGGCCAAGCGCAUCGUGCAUAUGAGCCCGAGCUUGCAGGCGCUGCCGCGGGUCUUGAUUGCGUGCGACAGCGCGAGUUUGUACGGCACGCUGCGCAAGGAGCCCAAGGACGGCUGCGUCUCGACGCUCGAAGCGGUCGCGCAAGCCAUCACGGUGCUCUCGGGCGAUGCGGCGAUCCAAGCCACGCUCUUGUCGCUCUUUGGGUCGGUCGUCGGCCGGCAAACGGCGUACGUCGACGCCGGCAAGCAGGCGAACGCAGCCUACUACAACGGCGUGCCCAAGCCCGAGCGAACGCGGACGCUCGCCUGCGCCAAGGUUGUGGACGAGGCGAUGGACGCCGACGUGCGUGAGUACGUUUUCUACAUGACCGAGACGCGCCUCGAUGGGUCGAGCCGGUGGCACUUGGUCGGCGACGCGUUUCGGAGCACGUACAGUGCGGCCAUGCGCCUCUGUGUCGAGAGUAAUAUUGCGCGCAAGCGAGGCGACCGGAUCGGUGUCGUGCUCAAAGCGACGUACGAAAAACGCUCGGCAAGCACCUACGUUCCGAGUGUCGAAAGUUAAAACAGACAAGUUGUCCACUGUAUCCAGU